ACAAUAUUUACACGACAAGAAAAAAACCAAAAGAAAACAAAACAAAGACAAAGAGAUUUAUAAAUGAAAAGAAAAAAAAAGGAGCAUCCUCGUGAUCUGUGAAAGAGUCUUACGUGUAAAUCUAGAUUGCCUUGAAGCCUUUUCAAAGACUUUUGGACACCUUGUUCUUCUUCCUCUCCCUUCAACACCCAAUUAUUGUUCACAUUCUUUAAAAAGCUUUUGCUUUUGUUGGGGGAGGAAAAAAAAAAGAAUUCUUGGGGGUAAAAAACAGAAGGGGAAAGGAUUUUUGGACUCUGGGGAAAUGAUGUUUUGAUGUUUUCCUGUCUGGGAAAUUUGUUUCCUUCAGCUUUUGUAUGAAGAAAAAGCUUCAUUCAAAGGUCAAUUUGCUGUUUUGGGAGAAACUUGAAGGAGCCAGAAGGAUAACCGAAGCCAGAUCACAUUGGUUGUUGAGUUGUCAUAGCUUAAAGCUUUUUAUACAAUGGGAAAAUAUUUGUGACAAUAAUGGAUCCUCAGGCUUUCAUCAGGUUGUCAAUAGGCUCACUGGGUCUGAGGAUUCCUGGAUCUGCCCUGAAUUCUUCAAAAGCUGGUAUUAAUGCAUUCACUUCUUCUUGUUCAUGUGAAAUACGACUCCGAGGUUUCCCUGUGCAAACAACAUCAAUUCCCUUAGUAUCCUCACCUGAAGCUACACCUGAUAUUAACAGCAUUGCCUCUAGUUUUUAUCUAGAAGACUCUGAUUUGAAGGCUUUGCUGACACCUGGCUGUUUCUAUAACCCCCAUGCUUAUCUGGAGAUCACUGUCUUCAUGGGGAGGAAGGGGACACAUUGGGGUGUUGGAGUCAAGAGACAGCAGAUUGGGACAUUCAAGUUGGAGGUUGGUCCUGAAUGGGGUGAAGGAAAGCCAGUGAUUCUGUUCAAUGGAUGGACUGGGAUCGGCAAAAACAAGCAUGAGGCUGGAAAACCAGGAGCAGAACUUCAUUUGAGAGUAAAACUAGAUCCUGAUCCAAGAUACAUUUUCCAGUUUGAAGAUGUGACCAUGCUGAGUCCUCAGAUAGUACAGCUUCAACGUUCCAUCAAACAGCCAAUUUUCAGUUGCAAAUUCAGUCGAGACAGAGUAGCACUGGUUGACCCAUUAAGCACUUACUGGUCAGCUUCUGCUGACAGUUUAGACAUAGAGACAGAGAGGAGAGAGAGGAAAGGAUGGAAGGUGAAGAUACACGAUCUCUCUGGAUCAGCUGUUGCAGCAGCCUUCAUAACCACUCCCUUUGUGCCAUCAACAGGUUGUGAUUGGGUUGCCAGGUCCAACCCAGGGGCUUGGUUGAUUGUUCGUCCAGAUGUUUUCAGGCCAGAGAGCUGGUUGCCUUGGGGAAAGCUUGAAGUUUGGCGUGAGCGUGGCAUCAGGGACUCUGUAUGCUGCCGAUUUCAUCUGUUGUCUGAAGCCCAGGAUGGAGCAGAGGUUCUCAUGUCUGAGAUACUUAUUAGUGCUGAAAAGGGUGGGGAAUUUUUCAUCGACACUGACCGACAAAUGCGGCAGGCACCAACUCCUAUACCAAGUCCACAAAGCAGUGGAGACUUUUCAGCAUUAAGUCCAAUUGCUGGUGGCUUUGUAAUGAGCUGCAGAGUCCAAGGGGAAGGUAAGAGCAGCAAACCAUUAGUGCAACUGGCCAUGCGACAUGUGACAUGUGUGGAGGAUGCUGCCAUCUUCAUGGCACUUGCAGCAGCCGUUGACCUCAGCAUUGAAGCAUGCAAGCCUUUCCGUAGAAAGUUAAGGAGAGGGUCCCGCCAUUCUUUAUAAAAAAAAUAAUAAUUAAGGUUAUUUAUUCCCAUGAUCAAAGAAUGGCUCUAUAUUUGUGUUGAUUUCUGUAUCUUUGGCAUUAUGUACAGGAUCUUCUGGUUUACCAAUGUUCAAAAAUUGUUCAACUCAUUUAUGGUGUCAGUACAGCCCAAAUGACACCUAUCUAUCCAGUCUUCAAGCUGGGGCAUUAUACAGCUGGUGAGAUUAUUCUGUUUUUUUGUUCUGAAAUCUGAUAGGGUUUCCUUAGGAUGAUUGGUAAAUUGUCAGCUUAAGACCUAAUCAAACUCUAGUCUGCAUCUUUGGCUGUCAUUGGUGUCAUGGUGUUUACUGGCUGUCAUUUGGUUAAAAAGUAGUAGACCUCGGGGCUUCCACUGGUUACAUUUGGAACCAUUUGUGUGAAAAAACACUAAUGACCUGGGCCAUAGAUCAGGUGGCUGAGACAAUUUUACCAAAUGCAUGCGUCAAUUUCCAUCAAGUUAGCUCAUUAAACAGAACUUCACAAAUGGAACACAUGAUAUGGAGCAAAAUCUUUAUUUUGAUGAACUCCAAAAAUGACGUGUUAAUGAGU